AUGGGCAUCUUCAACCAGAAAUCUCGGCUGAAGGCAGCGCCUCAGGAGAUCCGUGUUGAAAAAGUCGUCGUUCCCACCAAGCCGCGACCCAGCCUAACCGUAAAUCCUCCCCGCGUGUCUUCAAGCCAUUACUCUGCGUCUCCCCGCCUCUCGCCAAAUCCGCGCCUCUCACGAACCAAAAGCGCGUCGCCGUAUCCUUCCUCCUCUGACGAGAAGCGCGCUAUUAUACGGAAGCGCAAAGCUAUAGCCAGUACCCCACGAGACUCCCCCGCCUUCGGGAACGAUUCGGAAUCGGAGGAUGAUGAUAGCGAUCCUUUCCGAAAGCGACUGCGGCGUAGCGAAUCAAGGUCGGUGGAUCUAAAUCGCAAGCUGCGCCAUAAGAAGGCAUUCGGCGAUGAGAUCAGAGACCCACGCAUCAUCCACGCGGCGGAUAUUGCAUCGGUCGCCACAAAGUGUCCGCCUAUCCAGGGCGCGAAACCAGAAGAAGUUGCGAUAGAGCUGCAAUAUCCGUCUCGAUGUAAGCGUGAAAGAUACGAGCUAGUAUGGCAGAAAGAUAAGAUCGACGCUAUUAAAGACAUUCUUUUAGUCGUGGAGCACGUGGCCGAGACAUAUCUCACCGACGACGAAGCGAAGCCUUUCAUCGACCACAACGCAAGUUUCAGAAGACAGAUGGAACGCGCAAUAAGCGAGAAAUAUAGAGAUGUGCCAGUCUUCAGAGCAGCACUUAAAAACUACAACGACAAACUAUUAGAAUUGGUUGAGAAUGGUACGAUAGCGAAGAACAUAGAACAACAGCACCAUCUUCCGCCCAGUCUGGUAUCGUUUAUCCUCACGCAAGUAUACGAUCGCACGGUUGCGCCGAAAGUAGAGAUGCUCACGAAAUACGAGAUGGGAAGCGACAACGUCUACGGAGAGCUGCUGCACCCUUUCAUCACGAAACUGCUUGUCGAGCAGACGAAAAUGACUUCCGACCAGGUUUUCAUAGACCUUGGUUCUGGGGUAGGUAAUGUCGUACUUCAAGCGGCCCUUGAAAUCGGUUGUCGGAGUUACGGUUGCGAGAUGAUGGAGAAUGCCUGCAAUCUCGCCGAAGCUCAGGAGAAGGAGUUCAGAUCCAGAUGUCACCUUUGGGGUGUCGCGCAUGGGCGGGUUCAUCUUGAGAGGGGUGACUUUCGCACCAACGCUAAGAUCUUGGAAAAGUUGAAGGAGGCGGACGUAAUACUCGUCAAUAACAAAGCCUUCACUUCCACUCUUAACGAUGCCCUUAUUAACAUGUUUUUGGAUUUGAAGAAGGGCUGCAAGAUCAUAUCGCUAAAGUCCUUCGUCCACGAAAACAAAACCGCUAUUAACGAUGUCGCAAACAGUAUCCUCGACGUCCAGCAUUACCGCUACCACGAGAACUGGGUCAGUUGGGCCGCUGCGGAAGGCGACUACUAUAUCUCCAUCAGGAAAUAA